ACACACACCCAACACAAACACGAGGGGCAUUUCCUAUAAUUCACACACAACCCAUACGGUGUCGUUUCGUUCCUUUAUUCUUUUCCCGCACCAACCCAAAAAAAAAAAAAUACAAGCUAACCCUAGAUUUUUCCCCCUUUCGUCUUUAGCCGCGUUUUCCGAUCUCAAUUUCUUUUCCUUCCUCCCUCGAUUCCACCCCCAAUUUUGCCGCCAACUCCCCAAUCGAUUCUCCCUUCGCCUGCCUCUCGAUUUUCUUCGCCGAUCGAUCCCAAUUUUGGCCCCGUCGGUGCACGGGAUCCGUUUCUAGGGUUUCCGUCGCGGAAUAUUCUUGAUCUGUUUUUACCAAUACGGGAUCUGCAAGGGGGAAUUUUCUAUUUCCUUUCGGUUCUGGGUCUUUGUCUCUCGCUCCGUUUUAUGCGAUUUUGUGUAAAUUAUUUUUGGCGCGUGUUUGAUUUGGGGUCGAUCCUUCGGAAACUUGGUUUUGGUUGUUAGAUCUCGCGUCCGGUUAUUCGAUUCGGUUCGAAUCGUAAUAUUUGUCCGUCGUUCUCGUCGGAUUCCUAAAGAUCUAGGGUUAGGGUUUUCCCGAAAUUGGGGCUUUUCUUGUUUUGUUGAAUUUCUUAGGGGAAACUUCAAUUCCUUUAGUAUUUGGGACUCUCCCGUUUGAUUACGUCCAAUUAGAGCUAUUAAUUGUCGGAUUCAGCCGCGUGCCGUAUAAUUUAACGGAGACCGGUUUAAGAAACCUGUCCUGCAGGUAAUCAUGGUGCAGAAGCGUCCUUUUGAUGCUGAGGAAAUACUUGAGGUGUCCUUCAAACACCCAAAACAUGUAGGGCCGAGCAAUGAGCUUGUUUCAUUAUCAGAAUAUGUUUUCCCCAAUGAUGAUUGUGAUACCCACAUGCCUAAAACAUCAGAGGACGGAUGUAACCCAGGUAGUAGUGAAGGUGAAGGUAAUGAGAACAUUGGAGAUGAAAGUUUUGGUGAAAUUCCUAGAGAAGAUGGGAACUCUGAAAGAAGCUUUCCAGUUACGGACAUUCCUGCUUCUUCUUGGGACCCCUGUAGCACAACUGAAGAUCUCCACCUAGAACCACCAUUACAUCUCGCCUUAUUUCCAGAGUAUUUUAGUCCAGAGCGACCGAUAAGGACAUUAACUCGCUAUGAGGACAUAUAUUCCAUACUCCUUGAAAACUCUCCUCGCAAACCUGUAUCUGUUGGAGCAAAUCAUCAAGCUGAUGUUCCAGCAUGGGAUUUUUUUGGUGCCACUGAUAGACCAAAUGCCUCUGAUGCUGUUUCAGAUUUAGACUGUGCUGUUGGGAACAGGGAUGAAGCUGAGAAAAGACUAAUGGGGACCUGUGUAAUCCCUAUGCCUCAGAUGGAGUUAUCUAGCAAUGAUGAUGAAGUUGGAAAGGGAAGAACUGACUGUAGUUGUGAAGAUCAGGGUUCAAUGAGAUGCACCAGACAACAUAUUGCCGAAGAAAGAGAAAAACUUAUACAAACCUUUGGACCUGAGAAAUUCACUGAAUUGGGCUUCACUAACAUGGGAGAACAAGUGGCAGAAAAAUGGAGUGUUGAGGAUGAACAGCUAUUUCACGAGGUUGUUUUCAAUAAUCCAGUAACCCUUGACAAGAAUUUCUGGAACUAUCUUUCCAUUGCUUUUCCUUCACGAACCAAAAAGGAAAUAGUGAGUUACUACUUUAAUGUCUUCAUGCUUCGAAGGAGGGCAGAGCAGAAUAGGAACGACUUAUUAAACAUUGACAGUGAUAAUGAUGAAUGGCAAGGUAGUGAAGGCAAUGAUAUUGCAACACGAGAGGAAGAUGAGGACUCUGUUGCUGAGUCCCCUGUAUGUCAAGAUGAGACUUGUAUGACUGACUUCCAUGAUAAUGAUCUGCAAGCCUAUAAUGAGUAUGCUGAUGAUGAAACCUGCACAGCUAAUGGAACAGUGGAUUUUACCCAUACAAACCUAGAUGAUGAUUCCAAAUAUGAUCAUGUAGAGAUGCAUCACUCUAGUGUUUCUCCACUAAUUCAACACCAGGAUCAUCCUGUUUGGCAGGAUACAAGUGAUGAAAAAGUUAAAGAUGAUUCACGCCCAUCAUCUGACAUAGGAGUUGUGUCACAGGAGACAAAGGUGAAAACUGAAAAUGGUGAUCAUUGGUGUGGUAACUAUAAUAAUGGGGUAAGCAAUGGUUAUAGCCAAGGAUAUGUUUUGGAGCCUUGUGAUACAAAAGUGUGGGAUUCUGGCUUUGUAUCAUGCUCAAAAAAUAAGAUUGACUUCUUACCUACAUGCAACAUGAUAGAAGAGGUUUUCGGAGAUGGACGAAGGCAAGACAUGAGAAGAGCUUGAGCAUCCUAGGCUUAUAUGUGAAGUGAAUCUCAGUUAGCAUUCUUUGCUAAGGGUGACGAAACUUCGACUUUUCUUUUGUAUAUUUGACAUAAGAUUCAAAAAGUAACCUUCAUUGUAAAAUAGUGUUUUGGAAGGUGAGUUGGUCUGAGUUAUGUCGUCCCAUAUAUUCUCAAGUUCUUUUGGAACUGUAAAAUUUCUUAUUCCUUAAUUUAUGAUAGUCUCCACUUUGGGGUGGGAUAUAAGAUUGGAGGGAGGAAAUAGUUGGUGGAAAAGAAGCCAUCACUGAUGUAAGAGUUCCGGUUUUAUGAUGUAAUUUGGCAUUAUUUAAUCAUUAAUGAGAAUUUUCAUUGGUAUAUUACUAUA